AUGGACUACUCCUCCUACUUUUCCGUCCCGCCGCCGCAGCAGUACUACAUCGGCCUGCCGCCCACCCCGUCCUACGACAGCUCCAGCGAUAAGCUCAACUUGCAGUCCUUAGCACCUCCUCCCAGCCCCCCAGCUCAGUCCCAGGACACAGCAACCCCAGAACACGUCGCGGGCCAAACCGCCCCCAAAUCGCUCCUGGCUAACGCCAUGCACUUCCAGAGCCACCUAGACCCCACCUCAUUUCUGCAAUACGACGCUUUUUCCUUCCCAUCGCUGCCCGCCGGCUCGCCGCCCGCCCACUCGCACUCGUCCGCCGUUGCGCCGCAGCUCCACAGCGUCGGCAGCGUCGACAGCGGCAUCCACCUGGAUCUCGACGCCGCCAACUCCACUCAGCACAUCCAACACACCCAAGCCUCCCCAAUCCACGCCACUCUCAGCACAGCCCCCGGCGCUGCUGGCCUCUACAGCUCUUCCACAUCUUCCUCCGACGCUCUAUCAUCAGCACAACAGCAGCAGCAGCAACAACAACAGCAACAACCUCCAAUUGGCAGCGUCAGCUCUCCCUCGCACCCUACCUCGCCAACCAUCGGCGGCCAGCACACGCGCUCUUCCUCGGAGGAAAAGGAGAACGGCGCCAACUCAAACUCGAACAACGCCAACAACCUAACACCUGCGCAAUCGCGACGCAAAGCCCAGAACCGCGCUGCCCAGCGCGCUUUCCGGGAGCGCAAGGAGCGACAUGUGCGCGAGCUGGAGGAGAAGCUGCGUGCGCUCGAGUCGUCAACGCACAGCCUGCAGAGCGACAACGAGCGGCUGAAGCUGCUGCUGCAGCGCGCUAAGACGGAGAACGAGAUCUUGCGGGCAACGAACCACCACCAGCAUAGGAGGGCAGGGUCCACGGGUAGCGGGAGCGGGAGCGGUGGCAGCCGGUCAGCGAGCCCUGGCGACGCGGGCGACGGCGAGAUGCAGCUGGAUCUGGAGAGGGACCCGUACACGACGGUGCGCGGAGAUGGGACAGGGGCAGCCCCCGCAGGCAGCACCGGCGGUGGUCUGGGUGGUUCUGGCCACCAUGCGAGGGCGAACGUCGGCAGGUCGACACCGCAUCUGCUUGGCGCGAGCCAGACGUGGGACCUGAUCCAGUCGCAUCCGCUAGUUCGGUCCGGCGCCGUCGACGUGGCCGAUGUGUGCGAGCGACUGCGCACCGCCGCUCGUUGCGACGGUCAGGGCCCCGUCUUUGAAGAGGCGGCAAUAUACCGUGUCAUCGAGGAGGAGAGUAGCAGGGGAGGCGGUGAUGCGCUGAUAUGA